AUGGCUCUCAAGCACCUCACGCGCAGCGCCGCGGUGGCCUGGUGCCCUGCGGGGUUGAAUUUACAGCAGGACAGCAGCAGCAGCAGCAGCAACAGCAGCAGCAGUAACAGCAGCAACAGCAACAGCAGCAGCAACAGCUGCAGCAGCGGAGGGAAGGGAACACAGCUGCUUGCAUUGGGUACCAUGGGUGUUGAUCCCUGUCUUGAGUUUGCAUGCGUUGAUCUUUCUUCUUCUGCUCCUUCUCUUCCCGUUGUUGCAUGCGUUCCUGCUCCUGCUCCCUUCCAGUGUAUUGCAUGCGCUGCAGCAGAAGAUGCAGCAGCAGCAGCAGGUGUGGGGCCCCUAGUUGCAGGAGGAAUGUCUGAUGGUGAUGUUACUCUAUGGAGUGCAGCAGAGAUCCUCAGAGCUCGUGGAGAUGCGGUUUGCGGUUCAUCAUCAUCAACGACACCACCAAGUGGCAGUAGUAGUAGUAGCAGCAGCUCAAACAGCAGCAGUAGCAGCAGCAGCAGCAGCAGCAGCAGCAGCAGCAGUUUAUUACGUGCUGGUGUAGGACUCCUACAGACUGUAUCGGUCCAACGAGGCCAGCGUAUCCAGGCCUUACAAUUUAGUCCUCUAAAGAAUUCUCUUCUUGCUGCAGGCAGCAGCAACGGAGGACUAUCUAUCCUUGAUUGCCAAGUACCUACAGAGGCACUGGCACAUAAACCAGGUAAUAUUUAUAUAUACAUCUUAUUGUCUAGCUAG